AUGCACCUCAACUUCCUCCAUCUCGCGACCCUCUUCUCCGCCCCCGCUCUAAAAACCCGCGCCACCCCACCACUAGGACCCCAAUACCAGUGGCCCCUGGAGAAUUGGUUUGGACAGCUCUCCUACAACUACCCCGCUAGCAAUGUAGCCGGAUACGCCUUCAACAUCACCGGCGACGAAAUCACCGGGGACCUGCGUAUCCCAGGAUUCCACGCCAGAUGCGAGAGAAUCGUCCCUAUGGUCCCCAUGGACGGCACGGUCAUUGAGCCAUGUACGAUAUUCGAUAUCGAGCGCUACCCGACGGGAAUCAAGAGGAGUAUCGUGUCGACUUUGAGACCGGGGAAGGAUGCGACGAAUGGGGAUGCGACGCUUUGGAUUAGUUAUCGGUUCACGGAGUUGGGGACGCAAGGUAGGGUUUAUAAUUACUCAAGUUUUUCGGGUGUUAAGUGGCCUGGGGUGGCGAAUAGGACGGUUGAUACUACGGAGUUUUUCAUGGAAUAG